GAAUUAGAUAUGAAUAUUCUUUCAGGAUUACGAGUUGAUACGUUAUCUUAUAAGUAGUGAUUCCGGUUCAGUGGGAAGGUUUGAACUGCUCUCUGGAAAGUGACCAUUGUUGUAAUCAGGUCGAGGCUGUUAUCAUUUCCACUUGCUGACUUUCUUAGUUUUUUUACGGGUUUACAGCAGAAAAACAGUGCAAGCUUUUUAGAGUGUCAUGAAAGAAAUGUCAAGCACCAUGCCUGGUGGGCAGCAGCCUCAGAAACACUAUGGCAUCACCUCUGCCAUUAGCCUUGCACCUCCACGAGAAAUAGACCACCAGUACACCAAGAAACUUUGUGAUGCUAUGAAACCUUUUGGGGUGUUUGAAGAUGAAGAGGAAUUGAACCAUAGACUUGCAGUUCUUGGGAAGUUGAAUAACUUUGUUAAAGAAUGGAUCGCAGAGAUCAGUGAAUUAAAGAACCUCCCACCAUCAGCAAUAAGCUGUGUUGGGGGCAAGAUAUUUACAUUUGGUUCGUACCGCCUUGGAGUGCACACAAAAGGAGCUGAUAUUGAUGCCUUGUGUGUAGCUCCACGCCAUGUAGAGAGAAGUGACUUUUUCCAGUCUUUCUUUGAGAAAAUCAAACUGCAUGAAGAGAUCAAAGACCUGAGGGCUGUUGAGGACGCCUUUGUACCUGUGAUAAAAUUCAAAUUUGACGGAAUAGAGAUUGACCUGCUUUUUGCCAGACUGGCCUUACAGUCCAUUCCAGACAACUUGGACCUGAGAGGAGAUUCCAUCCUGAGAAACUUGGACAUUCGGUGUAUCCGCAGCCUUAACGGCUGUCGAGUGACCGAUGAAAUUUUGCACCUGGUGCCAAACAAAGAAAACUUCAGGCUGACACUGAGAGCCAUCAAACUGUGGGCAAAGCGUCGUGGGAUCUACUCCAACAUGCUGGGGUUCCUGGGUGGAGUGUCAUGGGCCAUGCUGGUGGCCAGGACCUGCCAGCUCUACCCCAACGCUGUGGCUGCCACGCUGGUCCACAAGUUCUUCUUGGUGUUUUCCAAAUGGGAGUGGCCAAACCCUGUGCUAUUGAAACAGCCUGAGGACAGCAAUCUGAAUCUACCUGUGUGGGAUCCCAGAGUGAACCCAUCUGACAGAUACCACCUGAUGCCCAUCAUCACCCCUGCCUAUCCCCAGCAGAACUCCACCUACAACGUCUCCACAUCAACACGCACCAUCAUGAGCGAGGAGUUUAAAUACGGCCUCAGCGUCACAGAUGAGAUUCUUCAGGGAAAAGCAGAAUGGUCCAAACUCUUUGAGCCACCCAACUUUUUCCAAAAGUACAAGCAUUACAUCGUUCUGACUGCCAGUGCCUCCACAGAAGAAAACCACUUAGAAUGGAUUGGUCUGGUGGAAUCAAAGAUCCGUGUUCUGGUGGGAAACCUGGAGAGGAAUGAGUACAUCACCCUGGCUCAUGUCAACCCCCAGUCCUUCCCUGGGUCCAAGGAGAACCGUAAUGAAAACGACUUUGUGUCCAUGUGGUUCAUUGGGAUCAUUUUCAAGAAAGUGGAGAAUGCAGAGAGUGUGAACAUUGACCUGACGUACGACAUCCAGUCCUUCACAGACACUGUGUACCGACAAGCCAACAACAUCAACAUGCUGAAGGAUGGGAUGAAGAUUGAAGCAACACAUGUGAAAAAGAAACAGCUCCAUCAGUACCUUCCUCCUGAAUUGGUGCAGAAGAAGAAGAGGAGCAUAGCUGAGUUGAACCGCAGCUCUAACGGGGGGAGCUCCAAGCGGCUCUCUCUGGACAGCAGCCAUCUGGACAGCUCCAGAGACACAGACUCAGGGACUCCCUUCAGCUCCCCGACCAUCAAACCUUCCAAGCCUGUGUCUGACACAGAUGAUGGCGUCAGCCCUCCCAAGCAGCUUUUUGUGGAGGUCUCUCCAGCACCCAGCGCAGCAGCAGCAGCAGCUGUUACAGACCAAGGCAUGUCCAUCCCUGUUAUUGGCUCGAAGCCUGUGGUUAAAGCAAAGCCUCCUUCCCCACCAGCCAGCAGCUCCGUCACUCCAGUGCUGAGCGGGGAUGUGCAGCCCAAUGCCACCAGCAGCCCCAGAGAGGAGCCCAACGGCCUGGAGGACUCUGUUAAUGGAGCUCCUGUCAAGAGACCACACUCACCCACACAAGAGGACCUGGCCAAGAGGCACAAAGACGCAGAGGUGGUGUCCAAUGAUGACUCUGCAUUUAAAGAGCCAUAUCCACCAUCCUCUGAUUCCUACCCACAUGGAGAAGGGCACAAUACUACCCCCCUUUCUGGAUCAAAGGCUAAGCCCAUUCCAACCAUUGAUACCUCAAGAACACAGAGACUUCCCAGCAUGGAGCUGCCAGACGCCUCCUCACCUCUCCCAGCCAGCAACAGUUGUCGUGUCGUGAAAAAUUCCAUUAAACUGGCCCUCAACCGCCACAACAUCACACCUCCAAAGCCCCCAGUGUUUGAGGACACACUCACCACAGAUGCUCCUGCUGCCAGUGAAGAAAAGGGCAUGUCCAUUCCAGUCAUUGGCUCAAAACAUGUGGCAUCCAAACACCCAGCGCCCUCCGUCGGCAGCUCCAUCCCCACAUUAGUGAGCCGAGGUGCCGACCCACUGAACGGAGCGGCCUCCAAGAGAGCCCACUCCCCUUCGAUGGAGGAGCAGGCCAAGAGGCUCAAAGAAACAGAAAAGGCCAGAAUCCACAUAGCUUGAACACACAACUCCAGACUGGAUUCAUACGUACAGAGUCGGGGCUUUACAGUUAAGUCAAACACAGAGAAGAUGACUUCACACAGGGGCAGGGAGUGUGUUCAGGUCGGUCCAUCUCAAGUGUGAAGCAGCAGGACGGACACCUCACCUCAAAUCUUCCGAGAUUACAGAUUUGCCAGUGGAUAGGUGAUUUGGUCAAACCAGAUGUCGUCAGCGCCCUCUGUCACGCUCCCAGCCAGAGGGCAUUUAACACAACAGUCCCGGAGAUAUCUGACAUGAGAACUAAAGCGACAGUUUUUUACACAUCUUCUCCCUCAUUGUUUAAAAUGUACACAGUACAGAUGGAAAAUGAGCUGUUCUUUUCAUUUCCCGUUUUUUUGUUUGUUUGUUUUUUUCCAGUUAACACGUUUUAAAACAGCCCAGAACAUUUAUCGACGCUUGCUACACACACUUCUGGUGUAUGCUGAUUUUUUUUUUUUUCUUUACUUUUCCCCCAAACAGAAAACUGUACAGUAAAUGUUGAUGUACAUAACUUUUUGUCUUAAAAAAAAAAAAAGCAAAAGAUCACUGUUAAGUCUUUUGACCAUUCUAUUGUAGUUUUAUCUAAAAAGGAAAAAAGAAAAAAAGUUUAAAAAAUUGUAAUUUUUUUUUGUUUUUCUCUAUUGCUUGUCCAAAAAAAAGGUCUCCAGCCCGGGAUAUUUUUUGUAAACACUGUAUAGGUUUGGAUACAGUUGCAGGGAGGCUUUAUUGAAGGUUUGCUUGGAUAUGAUGGAAAUGACAACAGUGACUCUUUGGACCACCACGACUACCCAAAGAGGACUCCAGGUUGGUAUUGGACUUGCAGUGUGAAGGUGAUCAUAGACACUCAGUGACAUCAGGGCUUCUCAGGUGCAGGUAAGAGCAAGAAAAUAACCCUUACCACAACAGGAAAUGUCAGGCAUUUUUCAGAAGAGGUAAAAUGGAUCUGAAGCUUUAUGGUUAUUGUUUGGCUCUGUGAAGGAUUAAUACAGAAAAUCAGAAGAACCAUAUCAAUAACACCUAAUCCUUCUGUUCAGUGUAGCUUCAGUGUUAAAGUGUCACGCCUACUGUACGUCUUGGAGUAAAAGACCAUUUUCUGCUUGCGUUUCCUGCUGUGUCUAAGCCCUCGAUGUCAGAUUGAUGUGGAUGACAAGUGUUUGCUGGACGGGUUAGACGGUCACAAGAAAGUGUUUGAAUAUCAGUUUUGUGUAUGUACCUGUGAUUGUCUGACAUCUAAAAUGAAUCUCUAGUCCAUCAGGAGGGUUAAACAACAUAAAAAGGUCCUUUGUUCGGGAUACUGCUCGACCCCCCCCACCCCCCACCCCCACCAGUUCACCGUGGUCUGUUUGCUAGUGAAGCUGAUGAAGCGAAAGUCCGGGUUGUUUUUGCAUCUGUGUCCAUGAAAGAGUUUGUGGUGCUUUGUGGAAAAAAUGGUUUGAAGCUUUUUGACGAGUUGUUCUGGUUCGUGUGUGUGUAUGCAUGCGCAUAUGGUUGACUGUGUGUGGGCGUGCAUGCAUAGAUGGUUGUGUUUAUAUGUCAGAGAGAGAGACGGAAUUCCCUUCGUUUUGGGUGUUUACCCUCUGCACCUCCUGUGGAGGUUCUUAAAAAGCAUCUCCUGAGGCCACGGGUGGGAUGGGGGGGGCAGGGGGUCAGGAGACAACUCUUUUCCUGCUGUAGGCCCCACCUUCCAUCUUCACGGUCUGAAACUGGGUGACUGUUUGAUUUCAGCACAGAAAAUAUAUGUAUACAACAAAGUAUAAAGUGAUGCUGACGAGGCGCCUUCUUCUUCAGAGCAGGUAGAGAGACGCAGGGACGCAGGUUCUUUUUCCAGCAUCGGUUUCCCCAGCUAAAUGUACAGAGAACAGUUUUUUUCAAAAGGCAUAUUCUUCAUUAUUGGGGGUUUUCUUAUCACUUUAUUUAUAUUUGCAUAUUUGUACCAUGUGAUCUUUUUUUAAAUAGCAUUCAUAGCAGGUAGGUCUCUUUUGAAUGAAUCUGCACCACUCUGUUUCAGACAACUCAUGUUAUGCUGUUCGGAAACAUUUAAUAAAACAGGUCAUUUAGAUGUUUGUUUCUAAAAUGUAUUGAAAGGGUAUUUUUGUAUGUGUUUAUCACUUCCUUUAAAUGAGUCCGUACACCCAUUAAACCCCUAAAAACUA